AUGAUGGAUAAACCUAACGAUGAAGCGCCAGUGACUACAACGAGCCAAGCAGAUGAAAAAUGCCAUCCGACAGAUGAUCAUGGCCAACACAAGAAACGGUCGUUUUUAGAAGAUGACUUCUUUUCCUUAACCAGCAGCUUUGAAAAGAAAAAGAAAAGACACAAGCACAAGAGUAAAGACGCAAACUCGAGCUCGCCUGGUGUUCCAGAGCUGGCUGUCAAGAUUGAGGAUCCGACAAUUUCCAAACAGGAGCCGAAACUGAGUAAUACAGAUGCUAUAGAAGGACCUAAAUCGGACAUCGUAUCCACAUCUAAUGCUGACGUCAAACCUGCCACGUCAAUCACAAAAAGCUUGACCACGCCACCAGCAUUAGACAAGGAGCAAAUUCUUCGUGAGAUUGAGAAAAGGGUCAAUGAACGUGAGGCAAAAAUGGCUCCCCCAUUGCUUGACGAUUCGGAUGAAGAGGAAGUUCAACUACAGUUUGUGAAAAGCUUUCCAAAAACCAAAACCUCGGGCAAGUCAUCGAUACUCGACAAUAGCUACAAGUUUGCUGAAUCCGAAGAAAAAAAGAGACGAUAUGCAAUAACAGUCACGUCGAAGCUUCCAGCGCCUGAGGGCCAAACCAUUCAAGUCGACUUAGGUUGUAAAGGUAUGAAAUCCUUCAGCAAAAUUUUAAAAUCCUCUGUCGACUUUUACAAAACAACUUUUUCUAGCCAAUUACCCCCGAUUUUACUUGAGCGGUAUAAUACUGAGCUAUGUACUUUAGUCUGGGUCGAGGGAAAGAUUUUAUUACAUUCCUUUUAUACUCCCCGGACACUUAGAAUCCCACCACCAGGUGGGGUUUUCAAUGCGUUGGUGGACAAGAUAGAAUUGAUGCCACCUACAAGACUACAUUUGUUUUUAAUACCCAAAGACAAUAGCGAGAAUUUUAUGAAUGUAUACCCAGAAUUAAGAGCUAGUGGGAUUGAACCAGAGACCAAAGAGGUGGAGGAGUCUGUAGCAGCUGAAGAAGCAGCCCCAUCGAGCAGCGAGGACGAAGAAGAAGAAGAAGAAGAUGAUGAUGAUGAUGAUGCAUUAAAUCCUUCUUCCAGACCGGAUAAUAUGAUUGAUCUUGCUAAUGACGAUGAAGGUGUGUUCUCGAUCGGACUCAAGGGAAAGGAUAACAAGCGAGUCGCUUGUAAAGUUACUCCCGAGACCAAAAUUGAAAGCCUUUUGAAGUUCUAUUUGAAGAAGAAAGAAAUCGAGGAAUCUACCGUCAACUUUGCGUCUGUGAAAAUGAUUUUCGAUGACGAAGAGUUGAAUCUUAAUGACGUUGUGGCAAAUACGGAAUUGGAGGAUGAUUUUGAAAUUCAGAUAAUAUUAUAG